CUUUUCUACUAUGCAAAUUGUAAGCACUCUUAGAAGUUAGAACCCUUCCCAAAACCACCUUGCUUUGAUCAUCUUGCUCCUUCCGCCAUGGCCCUUCUUCUUCUUCUUCAACCCAGGACCAAACCCAACAACAACCCUUUCACAAACCCCGCUUUGUCCUUUGUAUUCUCCAAAUCUUCUUCUUCUUCUUCUCUCAGAGACCUAAAACACACUCUCAAACACCAACAACCACAAUCACAAUCACAAUCACAAUCACAAUAUCCUUCAACACCCUCAGAGCAAUCCUCAUUCACCAACACUCAUUAUCAUCAGCAGCAACAGCAACAUCAGCAACAGCAACAACAGAAGAACUCUCUCCACGAUAUCCGUCGCACCCUCUCCGAGUUCCGCCGCCGCACCGCCGCCGAACCGCUUUCAUUCAGUGAUAUCUACGACCGAACCACGCGCCGGAAAACGCCGUUUCCGGACGUGGAAUCCUCCGGUACGGCGCACGGCGGAGGGAGGAGACCUUUCAACCUCGGCGCCGUUCGCGAUGGCUUGCGGAAGCCAGGAGAGGCUCGCGCCAGAGACCGGAGGAGAGCUGAUUCGAUGUCGUUGGAGGCGUACAGGGAGGUGCUGAGAUCGAGGCCGUUAGAUUCCUCCGCCACCGCAGCAGCUGGAGCAUCCUCGCCGGAGAAUGUGGUUGGCACUGCGAGCUCGUUGCCGGAUUCUGUGUUGAAGCAGAAGAGACGCAAAGAAGAAUCCGAGUUUAUGAAGGUUUAUAGCUUUGGCGAAUUGGGGGAGAAAUUGAAGAAGCUGAGACCUGAGGGAAUGAGAAAAGAGUGGUUCUCUAUUGAAGAAUUGAACGAGAGGUUGAAGAGGAUGAGAGAGAAGGAGGUGGAGGAAGCUGAGUCCAAUGUCACAGGAGGGGUACUAUUCAAGGACAUGAGAGAGUGCCUGCUAUCUGAAGAUGAAAAGUCUAGGAAGAGUUCACUGCAGAAAUCUGAUAUCUUAAGCCAGUUCAUUGGGACUCCAGCCUACUAUUCGGGUCCCCCUAAAGAGCAGCUUGUUGAAAAAUACUUCCAUCCAGAUAAUAUGUCCUCAGAAGAAAGGUUGAAAAUUGAACUUGCAAAGGUUAGAGAUGAGUUCAAAAUGUCAGAGUCAGACUGUGGAUCUGCUCGAGUUCAAGUUGCACAACUCACAACUAAGAUUAAGCAUCUAUCAGCUGUUCUACACAAGAAGGAUGUGCAUUCUCGUAAAGGUUUGAUAGCAAUGGUUCAGAGGAGAAAAAGAUUAUUGAAAUACCUCAGAAGAAGUGAUUGGGAAUCUUAUUGUUUCGUUAUAUCUAAGCUAGGUCUACGUGAUAAUCCAGAUCAUGGUCGCAAAACAUAGGCCAGAGGUAGAUCAAGUCAUGCAAUCAGUUCAUAUGGUCAUUCUUCUGGUAAGCUAAUGAGAAGACCCCUCUGAACAUAAACUAAUUGGACUAUACAAAAAGACAACUACCCAUCAUUGUUGUUGAUAAUCUGACCAGGUAGACCAGGGAGAAAUACUUCUAUGAUCUGGAUGCAAAGAAAAAAUAGUGGUUAUUGAUAAUUUUAAAUGUGUUCUAGGACUAUGCAAGUAUUCCUCAUACAGAAGGUUAGUCCAGUUUUAAACAUUUUCAGUGAAACUGGCCAACUGGGUGAGUCAUUGUUUUGUUUGUAGUUUUGAUUAAUAUGAUUCUGCUGUGUCAACUGUUGAAGAGAUAUGUUGGUCCAUUUUUUCAGGGAGAAGAUUUAGAUUAGUCUUAUGGUCAACCCAUUAUAUCAUUCUAUCAAUUUUAGGUUGAAUUUUGUGAAAAUUUUUAAUUUUAAAUAGCUUUUUGUUUGUCACAAGAAUCAUAUCAUGUAUCAGGGAAAACAGAUAAUUAGGUUAGCAAAAUGUUCUGCUUUCACGAUAGAU